ACAAAAACCCGAUCCUACUAAUCCUAAAUUUCCUUCUCUAGAUGCAUCAUAUUCUGACAGACGCGGAUUCACUAAUACAGCUUUAAUCCCACCUUUAUCAACUCUUGCUAGUAGAAGUUUUAAUACGAUUACUAAACAUGUUGGAAUCUUAAAGAAACUCGGGGGAUAUCCUCGUAAAAUUCCUUCAUCAUCUAAAUUUAAGUCCUUCAAAAUACAAACCAAUGCACUAUAUGACGCAUUUACCAAAACGAACGUUCUAGGCGCGGAACAUUUUCUCGCAUCGGAAAAAGCAUUGAAAUAG